GUCGGUCGGUGUCCAUCCAGCGGUGGCGGCAGCAGCGGCAGAGUGGGCGGACCGGGUGAGAGACUACACAUGAGCGAAACUCAGUGGCUGGCACGGCGGAGAAUCCGGUAUACACGCUAUAGUACGGAGGCUUCAGCUGGCAGCUGUUUCACAUUUUUAUGGCACGUGAACACGGUACCGCCCUCACUAACAUCUGGAGCUCGCGCUUAACAGGGAAACCACUCUUCCUUGUGGCCGCGUGAUGAGGCAGGUAGAACUUAUGUAGUGCAGUGAGCGUUUCACCGGCGGGGACCCCUCUGUGCUGUACUCGGCAGAAAGAACCGGCCUCAUCUUGAAGCUGGCAGGUGUCGGGGGAGGCAGCGAGCAUGGAUGAGCCGAGCAGCAGGAACAGCAGCCUCCAGAGGAAGAAGCCACCAUGGCUGAAACUGGACAUCCCAACCAUCCAGCUGACACCGGAUGACACGCCAGCGCCCAACCAGCCGGUAAGGCGCCUGCGCAGCGUCAGCAUGCCAGGGGAAAACCCUCAGACUUGCAUUGCUGCCUUGGAAACUUCCAACAACUACCUCAGACCUCCUGCAGAGAGAUUACCCUCCAUCACUCAGUCCAUUAAAAGUGAGAAAAGGGUGCGCUUUGAACGCAUCAACACCGUUCCCCCAAAGGGCCAGAGGAGCCCCAGGAGGGUGUCAACCAUCCGAAGGCGGUCCUGUAUCCCCAAGAUACUGACCCGGCGGCGUUCAUCUAUACCAAAACAAAUCAUCAGGGGUACGGCUGACUGGUUUGGGGUGAGUAAGGACAGUGACAGCACCCAGCGAUGGAGGAGGAAGAGCCUGCAGCACUGCAGUCAUCUGUACGGGGGUCUGAAGACGCAGGUGAUGAGGGAGAUGGAGCUUCACAGCCAAGACAAUCUCUCCCUUGCCAGCACUGAGACCCCUCCUCCCCUCUACCUCCCACCCCUCCACCCCAGUCAUCACCACUAUGGCAUGCAGAGGAUCGUAGACCCCCUGGCUCGGGGUCGUGCCUUCCGCAAUGUGGAAGAAGUAGACGGCUUGAGCGCCCUGCAAACUCCCAUGACGCCCGGCACAGCUUCCCUCUGCUCAUUUUCCAGCUCCCGCUCCGCCCUCAAUCGUCUCCCACGACGACGCAAGCGAGAAUCUGUCGCGGUCAUGAGUCUCAAAGCGGCGGCGGCGCUAAUGAAGGGCCGGACGUUAGGCGAGAGCACCGCUGGGCGGCGCCGCAGACGGAGUUUCAUGCCUCCUAGUUUCUUCGAAGAUGACACUGCGGAUUUCCCCGAUGACCUAGAUACUUCUUUCUUCACCAGAGAAGGCCUGCAGGAUGAGUUGUCCAGCUAUGCUGACGAGGUUUUUGAGACUCCAUCGGAGGCUGCCCUCAAACAGCUGGAUGAGAGCGAGCUCACGGGAAGCGCUCUGGAUAGGAAUGAACUAGAGAGGAGUCAUCUCAUGAUGCCUUUAGAGCGAGGGUGGCGGAAGGCAAAAGCGGGCUCUGCGGUCCAACCCAAAGUCCGCCUGAAGCAGGAGGUGGUGAGCGUCAACAGCCAUCAGCAGCGAGGGCAAAGAAUCGUGGUUCCGGUUAAGAAGCUUUUUGCCAGAGAGAAGAGGCCGUACGGGCUGGGCAUAGUCGGACGUCUCACUAACCGGUCGUAUCGCAAACGCAUAGACAGCUACGUCAAGCGGCAGAUUGAAGACAUGGAUGAUCACAGGCCUUUUUUUACCUACUGGAUCACCUGCGUCCACCUGCUCAUUACCAUUCUGGCUGUCACCAUUUACGGUAUUGCCCCUAUCGGCUUCUCGCAACACGAAACUGUCGACUCGGUAAGUAAACUGUUCGACUUUUAUAAGGGUUUAAUGCUGCUUUGUUACAAAUUUUUGAAUAUUGAUUUUAUUUUUGAGGUGCUGAGGAACAAGGGGGUUUACGAAAACGUGAAGUUUGUGCAACAGCAAAACUUCUGGGUGGGUCCGAGCUCUGAAGCGCUGAUUCACCUGGGAGCCAAGUUUUCCCCGUGCAUGCGUCAGGAUGAAGAGAUCCACAAGCUGAUCCAGGAGAAGCGAGCACUGGAGAGAGAGUCGGGCUGCUGUGUGAGGAAUGAUCGCUCCGGCUGCCUGCAGACUCUACAGGAGGAGUGUUCGAGCACACUGGCAGUGUGGGUGAAGUGGCCUCAGCACCCCAGUGCUCCUUCUUUGAACAGUAAACUCCGGCAACAUGGUGCCGUUUGCCAUCAGGACCCCAGAAUCUGUCUGGAGCCAGCCUCUGUUUCACCGCAUGAGUGGCCGGAUGACAUCACUUCUUGGCCUGUUUGCACAAGGUUCAACUCCGGGAAUCACACUAACCUCCCCCACAUUGAUUGCACCAUCACAGGCCGGCCCUGCUGCAUCGGAACCAAAGGACGGUGUGAAAUAACUUCUAGAGAGUAUUGUGAUUUUAUGCAUGGCUACUUCCACGAGGAGGCUACUCUCUGCUCACAGGUGGCUUGCAUGGAUGAUGUCUGCGGUUUGCUGCCUUUCCUCAACCCAGAGGUCCCUGAUCAGUUCUCUCGGCUCUGGUUGUCCCUGUUUCUUCAUGCUGGAAUUCUGCACUGCUUGGUUUCAGUGUUGUUCCAGAUGACGGUGCUGAGGGAUAUAGAGAAGUUGGCUGGCUGGCUCAGAAUCUCUAUCAUCUACAUGCUCAGUGGCAUCACUGGCAACCUGGCCUCUGCCAUCUUCCUGCCCUAUAGAGCAGAGGUGGGUCCUGCUGGCAGCCAGUUCGGCAUCCUGGCUUGUCUUUUCGUGGAGCUGUUUCAGAGCUGGCAGAUCCUCGAGCGACCGUGGCGAGCGUUUGCUAAGCUGUUGGCCAUCUCUGUGUUCUUCUUCUCUUUCGGUUUGCUUCCCUGGAUCGACAACUUUGCCCACAUCUGUGGUUUCGUUUCCGGAUUCUUCCUGUCCUUCGCCUUCCUCCCAUACAUCAGCUUCGGCCGUUCUGAUAUGUACCGAAAGCGAGUCCAAAUCUGCGUCUUCCUGCUGAUCUUCCUGGGUCUGUUCUCCGCUCUGGCCGUUCUCUUCUACAUCUACCCCGUGAAGUGCGACUGGUGCGAGUACCUCACCUGCAUCCCCAUCACAGACAAGUUCUGUGAGAAGUACGACCUAAAUGCACACCUCCUCUGACUGUUAGUCCUUGGAGUCCAAGCUGAUGUCCACUGAUAAGAUAGGAGGUGCUUGGUAGCACUUACGACUGAUAAAACCAUCAGUAUUUCUAGAUUUUGUACGGACUGGUGAAUUCCAGAUGUAUUUUUUAAUAUACAAAACAACCUGCAUGAAAGCCUUCAGGAGUUUGACUGAAUAUAUUAAUAUGCAUGAAAACAAGGAGAACAGUGGACUAAUAAAUGAUCUGUGUGUGACUGAUCAGCUAAUCAGUGUCCACUUGCAUUGGCCAGUAAAAGUACACCUUAGUGGCCACAUGGAAGUUUUAUUUGGUACUUUUUUACCCAGCAGUCACAGCUUCCUGGACGCUCUGCCAUGAACUCUAAGGACACGAGGCUCUAAAUUCAUCAGCGUGCCUUACUGAAACAGCACAGCCUCUGACUUUAACGUCUGGGGAAACUGCUUUCAGACACAAAUCAUGUCAAAUAUGUUUUUUACUUCAGUAUUUGGAGGCUGGAAUGCCAUUUUUGUUUAUUUGUUUACCACUCUGGAAACCACAGCCUUUAAAGCACUCCAGUCACAAAUGGAUGUUCUGUUUUUUUAAUAUUCACCUCUUUUUUUAUAUAUGUUUACAAAAAACAACAACAACAACAAAACAAAAACAGGUGGGUUCAUGUGCUCAAUUGUAGAAAGCUGUUAAAAGGUGAAUUUGUGUAUGUGUGUGUUUUAUUAAAAGUGGUGGCGUUUUAGCUACCUGGCAAUGAACACAAGAGGACAAAA